CUCAGCUACUCAGCUGGUCAAGGUCUUGACGCUCGGCCACUCCUUCCUUCAUCGUCGAAACAAUAGGCCAAUGCGGUUAGUGCAUCAUUUUCGAGUCCCAACUCUCCGGGCUAAAGAACAUUCCCAAACUACUAUGCACUUCCUUUUUAGCACCAUCGAACCACUGCAGUUCACUCAUUGCGACACUCGCUCCUUGUACUUCAGCAACCAGCGUGCAAUCCUUGCAUCUGCAGAUCCACGGCACCACUGCACCACGGCUAGGCACCACUAUCAUAGGGUGACACUAGAAUCAAAUGCUCGCGCAAGACAAGCAUGAAGGCAGCGGAAACACCGACCGAACGGCGUCAAAGAGACAGUCGAGACGUCCCACGAAGUUUAUGUUCAUCGACUCAAGCAAUGGUGGUGUGAACGCAAAACCAGACAGGGUCGUCAGAUCCUUUGUCAUGAAGUCAGCUAGAAACAGAAAGUCGUGGAGCACUCGGCCAAAAAGUCCGAACGAGGGGGAGGAUGUGCAGACAAUACGUCAAAAGCAGCUUCCUGACCGUACCAGUAAUCAAGACGCGCCUACUCCCACCAAUCCAUGGUCACCACAGAAUUAUCGCAAAGAUUCUUUAUGGGAUAGCUAUGCUGUUCCGUCGCCAACAAGCAGCAGGAGUGGCAGUGUAUUCUCCACCUAUAGCAGCAAUCACACGUGCGAUAGCCCAAUGUCAGGUCACACAAGCCCCUUUGCGGAGUACGAUCAUGCGGACCACGUACACAAUCCCCCGCUCGGACGGCAAACCGUGACACAUGGUGAUGGCUUCGACUUCGGUUUCACAAAGCCACUGAAUUGCCUGUCAGUCCGUUUAGAUGCACGCAUGCAACAACUUCUCGACCAAUUUGUCGAAGGAUCUGCACCAAGACUCAUACCAGUUGAUCUUCACAGGAUCUCGUCUGCCACCACCACAGACUGGAUAGCUAGGUGCAUUACAAGUCCACACGGAGCGCCGUAUAUCUAUGCAGCCUUGACGGCAUCUGCACGUGCGGUCGGGCUCAACUGCGAGGCUUACAAGUGGCAAGCUGUCACCGAGAUCAACAAGCUACUAUCAGACCCAAAUACUAGUACCGAUGAUACAACUAUUGCUUCUGUUCUGAUCUUACUCGCCUUGGAAGAAUCCGCUCUUGCAGAUCCAGGGCGGCAAGGCAGCGAUAGGGAGCGGAGCUUGUCUGCAAACAGUGCUCAUCGUAACGGUUUGAGGACGAUGAUAGGGCAAAGAGGCGGGCUUGCUGCGCUCCAGACCAACCGUUGCUUGCAGGUCUUCAUAUUGAUGCACAGUAUCGCUCAGUGUAUCACUACAUUCAAACGGCCCUAUGCGCUGCUGCUAGAUCGCAUGGGUCAGGUUGAGGAUUACAGCAUGGUAUCAGGCUUUGAGGCAUCUCGAAACGACAGCGCAACGUCUUUCCACUUGUUGUGUUCUGAUGUGGCGUUACUCAAGAUUCUACGCUCUCUUGAUCAUUUCACUUUGGAUCUUACCAACUGGUAUGACAAGGGACGUACGCCCCGCCUCCUCGACCCCAUUGAUAUUCAGAAACACGGGUGUCUACUGAUGUACCAGCUAUUUGAUUGGUACAAGACAGAUGAGGCCUCCGAACUUGCUGGAAGGCCGGCGAGUGGACCCACUGAUCAGAGUAUCUGCCUGGGGCAUCUUGUCUUCCUAGUCAUCGCCACAGAGCCGCAUGCUCACACCUUUGGCUCCCGGCUCUCGAAGAUGGUGAGUAAGCUUCGACGAGCUCUGCAGCGAGUUCCCACGUCGCAAUGGAUGAUAGUGCCGGAUGCGUUUCUUUGGACUCUCACUAUGGGUGCGCUUGGUGCGAAGGGUUUGCCUCGAUCUCAACAAACCAGUACCUCCGAGUUCAGUUUCUUCGCACAAUACUCUCAACUGUCAUUUACACUGACGACGGAAUAUAAUGGAUUCGUUACUGCGGACAGUUUAUUGCAUCGAGCUCAUCGAUGUCCGUGGAUCUCAUCGGUUUUCGAUGCACAGGCGAGAAGGGUAUGGGCGCAGAUGGGUCUUUGCCUACCAGACAUCGUUGACAUGUACGAGUCGAGUAGUGAGGAGGAAGGAGUUUUGAUUGACAACGAGCAUGCAGUAGGUCAGUCGACCACGGCGAGGUUCUUCCCCGCUUCGAGGCCGGGAUCCAAAAAGUCAAGCCCAUCGUAGAAAGUAAUUGUGUGAA